UAAAAUAUUCGUAAUUCUUGUCUAUUCUAUGUGUUGUUUCUGCGCUGAUCAUGUAUCGGAAAUUACGAGCGAAAUAUUCGACAUCGCAUAUAAGACAAAGAUAAUUUCCAGCGGAACAACGUUCAAAAAUUUAACAGUUUUCUCCAAAAUAUCCUGUGCCCAAUCAUGUUCCACAGAGACUAACUGCUGUUCGGCAAGUUAUGACAAUAAAACAAAUGAAUGUCAACUGGAUUACCUUCACCAGCCUUAUACAGAACAAUCGGAGAGCGGAUUACUAAUAAAAAAGAUGGAAAUAACAGGACAACCCCCGAUAAUGUGCUCAACGAGGAAUGAUUGCAACGAAUUACCAAGUGGGACUGCUGAAGGAGUUUACACCAUCAACCCCCCUGCCAGGGGUGUGGUCAAUGUUUACUGUGAAGCAGCUGGUUGGACGGUUAUUCAACGACGUCUUGAUGGAGCAAUAGAUUUUUACAGAGACUGGGCCGAUUACAAAAAUGGAUUUGGUGAUGUUGCUGGCGAAUACUGGUUAGGUAAUGACAAUAUCCAUACGAUUGUAUCAAGGAGACCAUACACUCUUAGAAUUGACCUUGAGAAUUUUUCAGGCGAGACACGUUACGCCGAGUACACAACUUUCCAAGUUGGGGAUGAAAGUAGCAACUAUCUCCUGAAUAUAGGAGGAUACAGCGGAACUGCAGGUGAUUUAAUGGAUCACAGUAAUGGUUACGGGUUCAGUACGACUGAUAGAGACAAUGAUGGUCAUUCUGGUGGAGUGUGCACCGAGAUGAGACAUGGCUGUUUUUGGUAUGACUAUUGUACCAUGGCAAAUCUGAAUGGGGUAUACUAUCCAGGAGGAAAUGUUGGAUCCAAUCAAAACGAUAUUUUCGUUUGGAGUUGGGUCUUUGGACAUACCAAUCCAAUGAAGACAGUUGUUAUGAAAAUAAAAUAAAAAUUAGAUGAAAAUUAAAUGAAAAUAGAAUUGAAGUAAUCUGUGAAUGAUGACACUGUUUCGGAUUUAGUGUAACAUCGUCACAUUAUUUUCAAAAAUGUGUUUGCUUCAAAAUGUUAUAGUUAUCAGUUAUUCAAAGUUAACAGUAGACUGUCCAUCAAAAUUAUUACAUGUAUGAGGGAUAUAAUCGUUGUUUGGCUAAGUAAUGUUUAUUUAUAUAAUUUACUUCUAUUUUUGGUUUUUUAAUCAAGGUAGGCAUUUUAAAACAAGUUUUGACUUUAGUUUGUGUUUAAAACAAUGAGUGUGAACAUGUAAAUUGAAAUACCAAAAAACUUUGUAUACGUAUGCUGUCCUUAUGAAAACAAAUAGUCGCAUUGGUUUAAUUAAACUUACAUCUUUUGAGA